AUGCCUAGUGACAAGACAAUUGGCGGUGGUGACGAUUCCUUCCAGACAUUCUUCAAUGAAACAGGAGCUGGAAAACUCGUUCCUCGGGCGGUCCUUGUUGAUUUGGAGCCAACUGUUGUCGGUAGGCUUCUUUGCGUAAAUUAUUUUGACCGAGGUUUAGUUUUACCAGAAAACAUUCAAACUCGCUAUCCUUAGACAUGUCUUAGCCCCAAACAACGGUUCCUCAAAAUGAGCUUCUUCGGCACUUCAGUUAUUUAGUUUAACCAGUUUAAUUUGUUUCACGAACAUGCAUGCCAUCGAUAAAAAUCGAUAGCAUAUCAGCGUACGCUUACUCGCGGGAAACUUGCUGCUACGACUGCAGCUAACCAAUCAGAAGCCAGUUGCGAGCGGGACACGAGCAGCGAGUUUCGAUUCGCAAGUGACUGCUAUUAGGGUGACCUGUCCCCUUGCAUCCAGCGACGAAGACGAGUGAUUAAAUAAAUGCCUGUCAGUAUAAAAAUGCAUUCGACAAGGUAUUUUUAUUAGGAUAACUCUUGUACUCCGGUUCCUUUUUCUUAAGACGAAGUUCGGACGGGUACUUACCGGCAACUAUUUCACCCGGAACAACUCAUCAGUGGAAAAGAGGACGCCGCCAACAACUAUGCACGCGGCCAUUAUACCAUCGGCAAGGAAAUGAUCGAUCUGGUUUUGGAUCGCAUUCGAAAACUCGCCGAUCAGUGUACCGGCAUGCAGGGUUUCGUCAUUUUCCACUCCUUUGGAGGGGGCACUGGGUCAGGUUUCGCAUCGCUCCUCAUGGAGCGCCUUAGCGUAGACUACGCCAAGAAGUCCAAACUGGAGUUUGCAAUCUACCCGGCCCCGCAGAUCUCUACUGCGGUCGUGGAACCCUACAACGCCAUUCUCUGUACACACUCCACCCUGGAGCAUUCAGAUUGUGCCUUCAUGAUUGACAACGAGGCGAUCUACGACGUGUGUCGGUGAGCUAUUUUUCGAUUAGCAUUAACUUCCUUAGUUAUGAUUUCAUUCCCGCUAAUAAGUUGUGUGUACUGCACGAAGACCACAAAAGGUGUGCAGUUUUAAAGCGAAUAUGUUGAGCGAGACCACCUUUCCGCCCAAGUGGUCAGAGGCCGAAUGCCGAAGGUCAAGGAUCAACCUGAAAUCUAGAUUUAUAGUGGCGUCCUCCGAUAGGAAUUACCUUUCGUUGUUUGGUCUUCAUAAAGCUGCUUUGCGAGGUUUGGUUCUGCGGCCCCACUUGAUUGAUACCAUACUGUUAGCUAACUGAAACAAUUUUAGUAGGUGCGGUUACGCUGACUUUACAUAUAUCACGUGUUUGUGCCUUCCCUGACUGUGCCUCAGGGGGGGAGUGCUUGUACGCCAGCCUCGAGGGCAUCAGGUAUCAUUUCACACGCGCUUGCCUGCGCGUUAUUCAAGCCCUGCUUGCGCCCUCCAGCAAGUGGCAAAGUAGGCCUGCUAAUGUCCUUAUUCGGACGGUGUCGAACUCCAUCGGUUCCACUAUAGUAGUCACGUACUGUGAAUUAAUACGAAGUUCCCUCUGUGGCUUUCUGUUGUGAUCCUCUUAAUCCAGCGAGUGGCUGUGUCGCGGGGGGAGGGUGUAGACGUUCACACGCGCUUCCCUGCGCGUGCUUCGAGCUCUGCUUGGGCUCUCUUCCCCUUUCUAAUCUAGGAUUGGUAUGCCAACUAAAAUUGUUUUAGUAAGCUGGCCAUAUGGUAACAAUCAAGUGGGACUGCAGGACCAAACCUGCCGCCGUUUUCAUGUUACUGCGUAAUGCUUGACUUAAAUGUCCCUGACAGGCGAAAUUUGGAUGUCGAGAGACCUACGUACACCAAUCUCAACCGACUGAUUGCCCAGGUUGUCAGUUCAAUUACGGCUUCUCUGAGGUUCGAUGGCGCCUUAAAUGUUGACCUCACCGAAUUUCAAACGAAUCUCGUGCCCUAUCCCCGGAUUCACUUCCCCUUGGCCACUUACGCGCCAGUGGUCUCCGCCGAGAAAGCCUACCACGAGCAACUGGCUGUUGCUGAACUUACAAACGCCUGCUUUGAGCCAGCCAAUCAGCUGGUGAAGUGUGAUCCGCGGCAUGGCAAAUACAUGGCCUGUUGUCUGCUAUAUCGGGGCGACGUGUCGCCGAACGAGGUGAACGCGUCAAUUGCCUCAAUCAAAUCCAAGAGGACCAUCCAGUUCGUUGACUGGUGUCCAACCGGCUUUAAGGUCGGUAUUAAUUAUCAACCGCCCACCGUGGUGCCAGGUGGCGACUUAGCCAAGGUCCAGCGUGCCCUAUGCAUGAUGAGUAAUACAACAGUGAUUGCAGAAGCGUGGGCCCGACUGGACCAUAAAUUUGACUUAAUGUAUGCGAAGCGCUGCUUCGUACACUGGUAUGUGGGCGAAGGUAUGGAAGAGGGUGAGUUCUCCGAGUCGCGUGAAGAUACAGCUGCACUGGAGAAGGACUACGAAGAAGUCGGUGCCGACACUGUGGAGGGUGAAGGCGAGGAAGAAGGAGAGGAGUACUGA